AUGGUUUCCACACGAGCUUCCGCCAAUAGUACCGCUAGUAAUAACAACAGCGAGACUUCUACAUCCGAGACGGACCACAAUAACAGCAACAAAGACGUGAAGAACAACAACGACAAGAAGAAGAAGACUAUGGAGAGUAAGAAGAAAUCCAUCAAGAUGACGACCACAACGACAACGAGACCAGCACAACGCAAAGACGCGGAACAAAUGUUGUUGGAAGCCACUCGAUGCCGCACCAAAAAGCCAGCAGCUGCAACCAAUCUCAAGAAACCACCUCCGUUGGCAAGCAAUGAUGAACCCUUGUUUCCACUCCCCAGUACGUUACUACCUCGCUGUGUCCGCGUCUACGGAUGGAGCAAAUCGUUUGCCAAACGGGCCGUGGCGGCGUACACUCGAUUCUUGCAAGUCCAGAAACUCCAUCCAGGGUUGGUACCUCCACCCGUGAUUGAUUCGGUAUGGCAACAACACGUUCUCGACACGAGCAGCUAUCAGAGUUGGUGUCGCACGUUCUUUCGCAAAGUCCUUCAUUACAAUCCGGAACAACUAUCGGGUCGCGCGACGAGUCAGGCGAAAAUAGAGAUACUCGCAUCCUUGCAUGCCACCCGAAAAAUAGUCGCCAAUCACUAUACACUCGAUGACGACAUUUGGUCCAUUCCUACGAGCGCCACAACAACAAACAACAAGAAGAAACGCAAACCGCAAGACGACUACAACCACAGCGAUGAUGAUGACGACAGUACUAGUAGCAGCAGCAGCAAUACGGACUCGGACGCGCCACCCCGCAAACGCCGUCGCGUCGAUUCCAAACCAGCCGCCAGCAGUAGUCCGGCGCGUCAACCAUUGACUAUAUUUGUUCGAUGGGGUCAAAAUCCCGAUCCCCAUCGCAGUUCCGACCUCUAUUUCAAAAUUCGACCCGAUACCAAGAUGCAACGCGUCUUUGAUCGAUACACGCUCUAUUGGAAUGAUGCCACGGCCAAUGCCAAUAAUAACAAUCAGCAGCAGCAACAACAAGACUUUUGUUUCUUUUUUGGAUCCAAAAUGGUAAAGUCGACCGAUACGGCAGCCUCUUUGGGAUUGGUCACGGACGAUAUGAUUUAUGCUACACGAUGUUCCGCCGUUGAAAUGGAGGAUGAUGACGAUGCACAGCCAUCUGUUCCAGCAAAUGUGCCAGUCAUGAGACGAACCACUUGGUCGCCGUAG